AAUGGAUACAUGUAGCUUGAGACGCCAACACGAUCGCGGAUUACACCUUGAGCACCUGACCUGGACGAUUGGCCUGGCCUCAGACCUGGCACAAGCAAUCAAUGCCUGACACUGCUGGAAGUUAACCUUGGCAGAAAGUGAGGCAGCUGGAAAGCGGAGACUGGCGUAUUGUGCCAGAGAGAGCUGGCCUUGACACACCAUACUACUCUGCCGCAAAGGAAGCUUGGUCUUUUGGGCUCGGACAACCUGAAAGGGAAUAUACGACCUGAUCCCCCACCAUGGCGACCUUCUUAGAAAGCUCGUAUUCGUUGGUCCAUCAGGACAACACCGCCGACCAACCGUCCCAACAAGACCUCAAGAAUCAGCUUGAGAAGGGCUCCGAUGACACCAAGGUGGAGACGAUGAAGCGCAUCUUGACGAUUAUGCUUAAUGGCGACCCUAUGCCGAACCUUCUUAUGCACAUCAUCCGCUUCGUGAUGCCUAGCCGGAGUAAGCAGCUCAAGAAGCUGCUGUAUCUGUACUACGAAGUCUGCCCGAAACUGGACUUGAGCGGCAAGCUGAAGCAAGAGAUGAUUCUGGUGUGUAACGGCAUCCGGAUGGACCUACAGCACGCGAACGAGUACAUUCGAGGCAACACGUUGCGAUUCCUUUGCAAGCUGCGGGAACCGGAGCUUCUAGAGCCGUUGCUUGCGCCUGCACGAGCGUGCUUGGAGCACAGACACAGCUAUGUGCGGAAGAAUGCCGUCUUCGCCAUCGCAUCCAUCUUCCAGCAUUCCGAGCACCUCAUGCCGGAUGCGCCAGAGCUGAUCCAGACUUUCCUCGAAGGCGAGAGCGACAACACAUGCAAGCGGAAUGCUUUUGCUGCGCUUCUCAGCAUUAGCCACGAAAAAGCGCUGGAGUAUCUGUCAGGCGUCUUUGAGGGCAUACCAAAUGCAAGCGAGCUGUUGCAACUGGUGGAGCUGGAGUUCAUUCGCAAGGACGCUGUACAAAACCAGCAGAACAAGGCACGGUACCUACGACUUAUCUUCGAUUUGCUGGAAGCAAAGGAGAGCACAGUAGUAUAUGAAGCGGCCUCGAGUCUGACGGCGCUCACGAACAACCCUGUCGCAGUAAAAGCAGCAGCUGGCAAGUUCAUUGAGCUCAGUAUCAAGGAGUCGGACAACAACGUGAAGCUCAUUGUGCUGGAGAAGGUCAACCAGUUACGGCAAGCGAAUGAAGGCGUGCUCGACGACCUGACCAUGGAGAUACUUCGCGUGCUGUCAUCGCCUGAUCUAGAUGUGCGAAGAAAAGCACUCGAGCUGGCUAUGGAGAUGGUGAGCAGCAGAAACGUAGAGGAAGUGGUCAUGCUGCUCAAGAAAGAGCUCUCUAAGACUGUUGACGAGCAAGCAUACGAAAAGAAUACCGAGUACCGGUCUCUCCUUAUCCACAGCAUCCACCAAUGCGCCAUCAAAUUCUCAGAGGUCGCGCAGAGCGUUGUCGGCUUAUUGAUGGACUUCAUAUCCGACUUUAACAAUGCGUCGGCGGUGGAUGUAAUCAGCUUUGUGAAGGAGGUUGUUGAGCGCUUCCCAAAGAUGCGCUCAGGAAUCGUGGAAAGGUUGGUAGCCACGCUUAGCGAGGUGCGAGCUGGUAAAGUUUACAGGGGUGCACUAUGGAUUAUCGGGGAGUACUCGCUCGAAGAGAAAGAUAUCCGCGACGCCUGGAAGCGGAUACGGGCGAGUCUAGGCGAGGUGCCGAUCGUAGCAUCAGAGGCGCGCUUACUCGAAGAGCAGCCCGACGGCGAGACGGAGCCUGCAGUCGAUCUAACGCAAACCAACGGCCAUCCUAGACCGGCCGCAGCGUCAACGGCUUCGAGAGUCCUAGCGGAUGGUACGUACGCCACGCAAACGGCACUCACGAGUCAAGCCAGCACACAGGCGAAGCUGGACGCUGUAAAGGCGGCUUCGAAACCGCCCCUUCGGCAGCUCAUACUGGACGGAGACUUCUAUCUAGCCACUGUCCUCUCGUCCACCCUCACCAAAUUAGUCAUGAGACAUUCCGAAAUCUCCAACGACAAAGCACGGACGAACGCGCUGAAGGCGGAGGCAAUGUUGAUUAUGAUCAGCAUAAUCCGCGCAGGUCAGUCGCAUUUCGUGAAAGCACCCAUCGACGAAGACUCCGUGGACCGUAUUAUGAGCUGCGUGCGCAGUCUCGCAGAGUUUGCGCAGAAGAAAGACCUCGAAACCGCGUUCCUUGACGACACCCGGAAAGCCUUCCGAGACAUGGUGCAAGUGGAGGAGCGGAAGCGGAAAGAGAAAGAAGACGUGCUCAAGGCGAAGAGUGCGGUCCAAGUCGACGAUGUGGUCUCUAUCCGUCAGCUUAGCAAGAAGAACAUGCUUGACGGAGCAGACGACGUGACCGAGGACGUCGAGAAGGCGACGGGAGGCGAUGCAUCUGCGGCGGAGAAUCUCACGAGCAAGCUGAGCAGAGUCGUGCAGCUGACCGGUUUCUCUGACCCCGUCUACGCCGAAGCUUACGUCCAGGUUCACCAAUUCGACAUCAUACUCGACGUCCUCCUCGUCAAUCAAACGCGCGAAACGCUGCAGAAUCUGUCCGUGGAGUUUGCUACGCUAGGCGAUCUGAAAGUCGUCGAGCGACCCACCACGCAGAACCUGCCCGCUCUUGACUUCCUCAACGUUCAGGCGACGGUCAAGGUCAGUUCUACAGACACGGGCGUGAUCUUUGGCAAUGUGGUGUACGACGGCCCGUCGAGUACGGAGAGCAAUGUGGUCAUCCUCAACGACGUACACGUCGACAUCAUGGAUUACAUACACCCAGCCCAGUGCACCGAGGCGCAAUUCCGGACGAUGUGGACGGAAUUCGAGUGGGAAAACAAAAUCAACAUCUCCACGAAAAUGCCGGACGGGAAGGGCCUGAGGGACUUUUUGCAGCGGUUGAUGAAGGUCACGAACAUGAGCUGCCUUACUCCCGAGGCCAGCCUUUCGGGAGAUUGUCAGUUCUUGUCCGCGAAUCUGUAUGCGCGAAGCGUGUUCGGUGAGGAUGCUUUGGCGAACUUGAGCGUGGAGAAGGACGGGGAGAGUAGCCUCGUCACGGGCUUUAUGCGGAUUCGGAGUCGCAGUCAAGGGCUGGCACUGAGUCUGGGAAGUUUGAAGGGCUUGAGCAAGAUCGGAGAGAUGGCGUGAGGGAGUGCUUGAUGCAUGCUGAUCGUGAGCGUGAGCCCGUAAGAGACUGGAGGGCUUGUGGUGGAGACCGUCGAGCAAUCUGUGCCGCAUCUACCUCAACCACAUCGCCGAGUCACUGCAGGCAAGAGGGCGGGCGCUGCCUAACAAGCCGAGUAUGGUCCUGUUCUGCCGGUGUGGCCAAACUCGAGUCGAAGCAGCGCCGCAAUGGCGGUAGCGGUUGAGGCAUAGCGGGGAGCAUUGAGUAUCUAAAAGAGCAUCAUAGCAGCAGAAACCGAUCUCCGUGACGAGCCUAAUGCUGUACUCUUUCUCGUGGCGUGGAAAUGUUCGACACUGUUGCAGGGAGCGGUUGCUCCUUACCGGAAAUCGCAUUUCACGUGACGGCGAGUGUAAGUAGAGCAGUGCAAGGGCUACACAACAAGCAGAACCACCCACCAUCACCACGAU